AUGCUUACGGCAACGGCGGGGGACUCCACCAACAAGAUCAUCCUGCCGCAAAUCCUGAACGGCAGCUUGGGGAGUGGCGGCAAACAUGCAAGUGGCAGCAAAACGGCAACAUCAAAUGAAGGAGCAACAUCAUCAAGCAGCAGUGCUAUUGUUGAAGAACCCGAAUUUACCGAAUACAUCGAAAAUGUAACUGUACCUGCUGGACGUAAUGUCAAAUUGGGUUGUUCGGUCAAAAAUCUUGGCUCUUAUAAGGUGGCUUGGAUGCACUUUGAACAAUCGGCCAUAUUGACGGUGCACAAUCACGUGAUAACGCGCAACCCACGCAUUAGUGUCACGCACGACAAGCACGACCGCCAUCGCACCUGGUACCUGCACAUAAAUAAUGUGCACGAGGAGGACAAAGGACGCUAUAUGUGUCAGAUCAAUACAGUGACAGCGAAAACGCAAUUCGGUUACCUAAAUGUUGUGGUGCCGCCCAACAUUGAUGACUCGCUGAGCUCGAGCGAUGUGAUUGUGCGCGAGGGAGCCAACAUAUCAUUGCGAUGUCGUGCCAGCGGUAGUCCAAGACCCAUUAUCAAAUGGAAACGUGAUGACAAUUCUCGCAUAGCCAUCAAUAAGAAUCACAUAGUGAACGAGUGGGAGGGCGACACACUUGAGAUAACGCGCAUCUCUCGCCUGGACAUGGGAGCAUAUCUGUGCAUUGCAUCGAAUGGAGUGCCACCCACGGUUUCGAAGCGCAUCAAAGUCAGUGUGGACUUUCCUCCCAUGCUACUAAUACCACAUCAGUUGGUUGGCGCACCAGAAGGUUUCAAUGUCACCAUCGAAUGUUUUACGGAAGCGCAUCCAACAUCCCUAAACUAUUGGACACGCGGCGAGGGACCAAUCAUUCACGAUUCACAUAAAUACAAAGUGGAAUCAAGCGUCGGCGUGCCGGCAUAUAAGACGCACAUGAAGCUCACAAUCAUUAAUGUGAGCAGCGGCGAUGAUGGCAUCUACAAGUGUGUGGCCAAGAACCCCCGAGGCGAAACGGAUGGCAUUAUACGAUUGUAUGUCUCCUAUCCGCCCACUACAGCGCCCUCGAAUCUGUACACAACCGAUGCGCACUGGUCGGAGGGUAAUAGCAUUGGCUAUGGUAGCGCCGAUUCAACGCGUUCGAUAUAUGCGCAGGACAAAAAUACGCGCUAUCAAUCAAAUUUGAAUGAAAUCGGCUUAUCUGAACAAAAAUCAUUCCUAGAUAAAACCAAUGGCAACAGCAAUGGCAACAGUAAUGGCGGCAGUCUGGGAGAGGAGGACGAAAUCGUCAAUGGGGCCCAUGGCGUUACUCUGGACAGCUCUGGACCGCAGGCGAUAUGCGCCAUCGCGUGGCUCUUCAUGCAAAUGAGCUUAAGCUGAACGAAACAAGAACUUGG